GUACGAUAAGGGGGUAACCUAGAAUCUGCUAUGUAAAGCCUGCUAGUUUCCGCCCCUGCUCGCCGCGGGAUGGAAGUCGGAAAGUAAAAGCUUGUAUUGUGCCAUUACAUAAAUGCUCGUGGUCUACAGAGCAGCCCAUACCGAUGAUGCUUGUGUAGUAAUUAUAUCGUCUCUGAUCGACGUUAAGCUGAGGGACACCGGUACCAUACCGUUAAGAAAACGACAAUAUGGAUAUGGAAAUGACCGGAACUCCCUGGCUUAACCAGCCAGUGAUGCUUCACUCUUCUCGAGCCGACUCGUGUAGCAAGUUCACCGCGGCGCAAUGUGCCUAUCGCAAUUACCGUUGGAGAUACUGGUACCAAGCCGAUCACGUUUUUGCUCUAUCGACAGUAUACUUCUUCAUUGCAGUCAUCGGAGUAUGUUUUAUUGGAUUCUGUAGCCAGAGAUUUGCUCCCGCUUCCCUCAGGGAAAAAGCCUGGUGGCGGAAGUUAGUAGCCAGCAUCCGCUUCCUGGCCUAUCGUCGUUACGAUGCUGCAGCAACCCGGUGGCGUAUGCCGUCUUUGGGGGUCAGCCUUCUGAUGAUUACCGGUGCGGUUUUCUUCUUGGCUAUGACCCUCGGUCCUCAGCCUUAUUACUGGCCAAACACACAGACACUGAAUUAUGGCAGCUCGCCGCCUAUCGCUACAAGGACGGGUUGGAUGGCGUUAGCUUGUCUGCCUUUCAUGAUAAUAUUGCCGACGAAGGCGAACAUGAUCGCAUCCUUGACGGGUGUCUCUCACGAACGACUAAUCGUUUUCCAUAACUGGGUUGGUUGGGCCAUGUUCGCCUUAGCUUUGGUCCAUACCUUCCCGUUUAUCGUUUUUCAUAUUUGGAAAGGCGAUAUGGUCAAUCAAUGGGACACUAGCGUUGUAUAUUGGACUGGUGUCGUUGCCAUAAUCGCGCAGGCUUAUCUACAAGUCUUUUCCCUCCGCUUUAUCCGAGAUCGAUUCUAUGAAUUUUUCAAGGCUACGCAUUACAUUGCGGCGAUCGUAUUCGUUGUAUUCUUCUUCAUCCACUGCGACUUCCGACUCAGUUCCUGGGACUAUUUCAUCGCAACCGGAGUACUCUACACGCUGUCCUUCUUGUACCCUCAAAUCCGAACAUACUUCGAAUUCGGAUUGUCUCACCGCGCUAGCUUCACGAUGGUCUCGGAUUUGACUUUGAAGGUUACGAUUCCUAUCGAUACUGCAUGGCGGCCAGGCCAACAUAUGUUUCUUCGUUUCGUUCAUAUGGGAUUACACGCAUUUACCGCACAUCCAUUCACUAUAUGCAGCUUGCCUGUUACGAGAGAUAGCAAGGGGAACUCGAAGCUCACAUUUUACGUACAUCCCCGGAGCGGAUUGACAGCUCGCCUCGCCCAAAACGCAGUUAAACAGCCGGGCUUCAGCGUACCAGUCUUGCUUGACGGACCGUACGGCGGCGUGCAGGGAAGACCUCUAUACACGUACGAUCACAACCUUAUCGUAGCCUGCGGCGCCGGCGCCGGUCUUUCGCUACCUUUUGUUAUGGAAAGCUUGUUACGUUCGGCUUGGCAAGCUCGCAGCGGGAACAAGAAAUUCGUCAACAAGAUCCAGGUGGUCAUUGCAACGAGAGAUAUGCAACUGGUCCACUGGUACGAAGAGGCAUUGCUAGAGUACCUUGAAGAGAAUGGGCUCGAGAUGGUACCCGAAAACCUCGACAUCUCAAUAUAUCAGACAGGCAGGCCCGAGUCUAAAAGCAAUAGCACAUCUAAAGAUCCUGAACGACCCGAGGAAAAACUGAAUGGGAAUUCGCAAACUGUUAGUCGGCUUCCCAUUAGCGUCUUUUCUGGACGUCCAGAUAUCACGACAAUUGUGAGGGAUGCGACGCUCCAGCCAGGGCAUGCGGUGGGUAUAGUUGCCUGCGGCCCAGGGGAGGUUCUGAAAAUAGUCCACGACGAGGCAGCAGAAGCUCAGCUUAGAGUAAUGAGCUCCAAGGCUAGUGCACGUGAAGUAUACUUGCAUUCCGAGGUUUUCUCAUGGUAAUACGUCACCUGUCAAUUAAUGACCAGAAUGAGAAGUAAAGUAUCUCGUUUCAUUAAAAUCAUUGGUGACAAUGACACCCAUAUGUUGCACAUUAUAAAAGCAUGGGCGGUCGGCUGCGAGGUGUGGAACAUGUUCACGAACCCCCCCCUAAGAGAAAGGGGCAUCUGAUUUACACAAUGUCUUACACUAAAGUACCUCUCAAGGUACAUCAUUAAUUACACAAUGAAUAUAACUACCUAAAGUUCAAAUAAGUGAAA